GGUGGGGUCGGGUUUGUAUUUCUGCGCGCUGCGCGGUGGGACGUGCACGCUGUGCGGAGUAAAGAUGGACGGGCAGCGCUGUGGUAAAGUGUUAUUGGAGGCGGCUGGCAUGCUUUUCGCAGUUUCAUUGCUGCUCCAGCUUGUGGCUGCAGCUCAGGAGGCAUCAAACGGCAGGAAGGAGCAGGAGUGUUAUAACUACGCGGGCGGACACGUUUAUCCUGGGGAGGCUUUCCGCGUGCCGGUGUCCGAUCACUCUCUGCAUCUCAGCAAAGCGAAGAUCUCCAAGCCGGCCCCUCACUGGGAAGGUACCGCCGUCAUCAACGGUGAAUUCAAGGAGCUUAAGCUGUCGGACUACAGAGGGAAAUACCUGGUGUUCUUUUUCUACCCGCUGGAUUUCACAUUCGUGUGCCCCACGGAGAUCAUUGCGUUCAGCGACCGCAUCCAGGAGUUCCGUGCCAUCAACGCUGAGGUGGUGGCGUGUUCCGUGGAUUCACAGUUCACUCACCUGGCCUGGAUCAACACACCCAGGAAGCAGGGAGGACUGGGAUCUAUGAAAAUCCCCUUGCUUUCUGACCUCACCCACCAGAUUGCCAAGGACUAUGGGGUCUUCCUGGAGGACCAGGGCCACACGCUAAGGGGUCUCUUCAUCAUCGACGGCAAGGGCAUCCUUCGGCAGAUCACCAUGAACGACCUGCCAGUGGGUCGCUCUGUGGACGAGACCCUACGGCUGGUGCAGGCCUUCCAGUACACGGACAAGCAUGGAGAGGUUUGCCCCGCCGGCUGGAAGCCAGGCAGUGACACGAUAAUCCCUGAUCCUGCAGGCAAGCUUAAGUAUUUUGAUAAACUGAACUAAAUCCUCAAUGUCCACCUGCUUUUGUCCUUUCAUACAUACUGAAUAACAGUUGACAGUAAAUAAGUAUAAAGAUCUCAGUCCUGCCUGGAUUAUCACAGCCUGUGGCAGGGGAGAGGGCCACGUUUUUUCUAUACAUUUCUGUGACAUGUUCACACAUUGGCACCAAUGUAACAAAUUGAAUUUAAUUAAAAAAAAAUGGUAAAAGG